GUAAUUAGUCUGUGAGUAGUAAGUACUCGAGAAUCGACACGAGAUUUGAGUCGUUGGGUAUUCGUGUUUACGUAUCUACCCAUAAAUUAAUAAAUGAUUAUUGGCUAAUUUCAUCGACUUAUAAGUUAAAACAAUAUAGUAAUAUUAUAUGGUGUUCAAAUAUAAACACGAAUAAAGUGCUUGUAACGUGACGAUAAUGGAUACAGCUUAUGCUGAAUAAAACAAAUAAGAAGUCCAAAGUGCGCUUGUGCUACGAUCUUAUAAUAUUAAAUGAAAAUGUCUCUGGAGGAAAGGUUCAAUGCUGCUGUCAAUGUUAUUAGGAGUCUUCCCAAAAGCGGGUCUUACCAGCCCAGCAAUGACAUGAUGCUCCGGUUCUACAGUUAUUUCAAGCAGGCUACAGAGGGGCAGUGCGACAAGCCAAAACCCGGCUUCUGGGACGUCGUUAACAGAGCGAAAUGGGAGGCUUGGAUGAAACUCGGCACUAUGUCGCAGGAAGAAGCGAUGAACGCGUACGUCGAGGAGUUACAUAAGAUAGUGGAGACGAUGUCUUACAACUCGGAUGUCGCGUCGUUCCUCACCAUCAACGAGGAUGGUGACGGCAUCAAUGCUGAUCUGGAGUUGGUGGCGGGAGACGUCCUCUCCAGGGUACGGGACUCACAGCAGAACUCGCCCAUUUAUUCCCGGUCCGUGAGCGGCUCGUCGUCUCCGGUUCCUGAAUCGGCGCCGUUACGAACACGUCACGACUCCGAGGACGAGUUCAUAGACACGGUCGAUGUUAGUGUUUCCCACGCGGCCCCCGUGGAAGUCGAGAAUCCCGUCCAAACACAAACACAAGCACAACAGAAUCAACCCAGGCUUAGCAACGGUCACGCACAUCAAAUUACAUCGCAGUUGACGCAUCUAAAGGUCCUUGAACAGCUGCCUGGUACGUUGUCGAGGCUGGAGGCAGAUGUAGCAGCCCUCAGAAAGGCUGUCGAAGGCGAUAGAAGACUAUUGGACCAAGUGUCCCGAGGCUGGCGGUGGCCAUGGCAGGAGCUGAGCGCGCCAACGUUGUUCCUGGUGAUAGUGUGGCCCUUCGUCGUGCACCGGCUGCUGAGGCCACGCCGAUCUAACUCAUAGUGAGUCGCGAAUAAGAUGUGCAAUGGCGUCCAUGCGACGCGCCAACGUUCGGUGUGUUUAGUUUCCGUUAUUAGUAAUAGAUGGCGCUUUAAACAAUUACAAACAUUAACCACAUAAUUUCUUCAAUAAUUGUUUUCAUUAUGUCUUACAUUAACGGUCGAUUGUGUUUAAUUAAAAAGGCCGCAAGGCAGAAGUGAAAACUUCAUUGGCAAUGACAAUCAAUUUAUAUAAAUAUAGUCAAUAAUAUUAUGUAUUAUUAUUAUGGAUCGUAUUAGAAUAAAUGAGAAACAAGUAAUAAAUUAAAAUUAUUAAUUAUUUAUUUAUAUAUAAAUCAAUUUAUUUAUUUUUGUUUUCGUAAUCUACAUAUGAUGCAAUGGGUUUGUGAUAACUAAAAUAAGAAUUAAUGAUAAUUAUUAUGUAUUUAAUUUAUAUAAAAUACGUGUGUGCGGUGCGCCAAAAGAAGUUUUCACUUCAAAACUCUAUAUAUAGUCGGAUCUAGGCUCAACGAUUAACUGAACAAAUAUCAGUGUAACAAUUGAAAUAACGUUUUGUCAAGUUUUAAGCUUACAUAAUUUAUACGUCUAGAUAAAAGAUGAAAACAGGCCAGUUUUAUUACUUUAGUGUGCGUGACAAGCUACGUCUUACACUCGCGAUUUGUAUAUCACUUUGUGUCAGUGUGCGGGAAUUGCUCAAAAUAGAGGUUAGCAGUCAACCUCAAUUUUUUUCGAUGUUUUCACAGCUGUGACAGUCUAUCUAGACGUAUAAAUGAUCUUAGGCUUUAAGAAUAGUUGCAAUAUUGGAUAGCCUUACGUCAGCGACGACAUUCUAUGUAGAAUUUAUGAUACUUUGCCGUAAGUGCAUUAUUAUAAUAUCUAGGUCCUAGUGCAUUAAUAUUACCUAUAUUACGACGUAGUUUUAUAAAUCACUCGGAUGACUUAGUUAUAUUAUUCUUAAUAUGAAGGUGACCUACACUAUUUAACAUAAAAAGAUAAGAAUUGAUUUUUGCAUGUUGCCUGUAAUGAAUAAACUGUAACGGCCUUAUAAAAUAAGUUGGUAUAAAGCUAUACCUGAGAAUAAAUCAAGAAUAAUAUGCAAAAUGUUUACAAAUACACAUUUUGCUUAUGAUUGGUUUAUUCGGACGUAUAACGUUUCCCGCGUUUAUUUGCAAGGCUGUGCGAUAUUCGCAAAGCUUCACAAUUAUUAUCAUUGUGUCAGUUAUAUAGUCAACAUUUUGCAUAUUCUUGGUUUAUUCUCAGGUAUAUCUUUAUUUGUAAGGCCGAAAGGCUACUUAACUAAUUUAAAUUAUUGUUUCACCUAAAAAGGCUUUUUUAGAUUCGAGUAGUACAUGGGUUGUGAUUUAAUAACCUUACCGACACAAAACAGACGUUUUUGAACUUCCCAACAUAUUAUGUAGUUUGUACGUUUUCCGAGAUCCUAGUUGCUUAAGUUUAUAUUGCAUUCCUGAUAUUAAUAUUACGAUUAUCACAAUUUUUUUAUAUUUUAUGAGCUGUAGCCAUUUUCCUAAUAUAAGAUUAUAUAUUAACACUAAGAUAUUUUAUAUGUUUAGAUAGACUGGGAAAACGUGAAAAAAAAUAGCGGUGAACUGUUAACCUCUAUUUUUUAUCGCGAGUGUAAGACGUAGCUGAGUUGCACACCUGAGUUAUAUACCUGGCCUGUUGUCAUCCGUUACUUAACAACGAGAGGUUAUAUCUACACGUAUAAAUUAUCUAAGUAUAAAAUUUAUAUUGGCUAACAGAAAGUGACAAAUUAUGAUUAGAUGCAUUUUGUGAAUAUGGGCUAUUGGUAAAGAAUUUAUAGGCUUUGUGGGUACUUUAGUGUCUAUUUGGACAAUAAUUAAUAGUUAAUAUGUUUUAGUUAACUCUACGGAAAAAUGUUUCGGAUCGGAUUUUAAGCUACUUUUUUAUUGGUUACGGCUGGGCAGUCAAUGGCUUAAGCCGAAUGACGUACUAUAAACAACUACAGACUCACAGUCGCCUAUUAAAAGGUCGUCAAAAAUGUCCGGGCGGCGUUGUAGUAUACGUAUACCUUCAUAUAUACAAAUAAAAUUAAAACACUCAUUCAAAUUAACACCUUAUUUCGUGGCAGUAAUUUUCAAAGUCUAUUGUUUACGCUCAUUAGAAGCUCUGACACGAGCACGAGACAAGCACAUUUUGUUUUAGAAAUUGAAAUGUAGUUAUUUAAUAAAUUGAUUAAAAACGUCAAGUUAGUUAUAUAAUUUUGCUAAUUUAAUUGCCUGAAAUACGACAACACUCCAUCCUUUGUAAGGUUUGAUAUGCUGUUAUUUGGACAAUUUUUCAUUGAACACUGUCAUUGCGUGGCGUUGUAUUCAAAGCGCAGUCGCAACACAACUGAACGAAAACUCUACCUAAUAGACGCGUAGGUAGAGUUUUGCUUCAAAUAAUUAUUGGGCGUGAUUGUUAGUCUAGUUGUUUAUCGUACGUCACUGUUAAAACCAUAAAGCCUUGUCAUUUUUGUUUAGUUUUCUUUCUCGAACCAAGAAUAUUUUAAAAAGUCUGUCGUUAAAAAGUGACUGUUUCAUAAUUUAUUAUGCCCGUAAUUAAAUUGCCUCAAGACCUUAUUAUAAUAUAAUAUUGUAUGAAAUGACUAUUAUAAUACUUAAUGGAUUUAUAUUAUGUUACCUUGUUAAUCGAUACAAAGUUUUUUUUAGUCUGUAGGCUAUUUUGUGAUAUAUAAUAGGUUAUCUAGAACCACGGACUAGUAAAAAAAUAAGGACUCCGUGUCACCUUACAUAACAGUGUAGCACCAAAACACACAUACAUACAUAGCCCCACGCACACUACUCCGAUAGGCGGCCAUUAUGAGAAUUAUUGUUAACUUCUGUGACAGAUCAGUUUGCGUUUCAAUAAAAUAGUUUAAAGGUGCCGUCGUGCGUUGUGAAAAAGUGUAAAAACGAUACGAUAUAAGUAUUUGUGGCCAUAUAUGAUUAUUUAAGGGAGAAAAAAUUGUGUAACUAGUAUCCCCCGUAACCGCACACACACUAGCACAACGGUGCUUCACUUGCUAAUAUCACGGCUUGGAGUCCUUUUUUUUACUUGUCCGUAUGUAGAACGCAGAUUUAUAUAAUAUGAUUGUUCUCUAAAUCUCAACACUACACCUUAAGUCUUGACACUUGCUUAGUUAAAAAAAAUCCACUUAAAGAUGUAGGAAAAUGUAAAAUUGUCGACACAAACAUAUUUUGUCUUUUUUUUAUAAGUUUUCGUUGAAUGUGGAGUGUUUAUUUUAAGUACGCAUAAAAAAUAACUCAAAACGAUUUUUUUAACUUCAACUGAGUAGCUGUUAUUAGGAUAACAUCAAAAUUAAAAAUGCUUUUUUCCAUAUGUGAUCAAAAUUUAAAUCAUAUCAUAAAAAUAACUAUAUUUAAAUGUCAUAUUGAGUUAUGGUCAAAUUGAUUGAGCCAAGUUCAACGAGAAUAAUAGAAAAUAAUAUAGCACAUAAUAAUGAAAACUAUUUUCAUUUCUUUGUAUUGAUUAAUUACUUUGUCUAACUUUAACUAUUCUCAUUGUAGUAAAUAAAAAAAUAUAAAAUCUAUGUAAAGAGGAAACUUUGACGCUUAUUUGUCAUUUUUGACAAGCGACAUUUGCUUGAUUAAGUUUUAACUCACUUAAAUUAUAGAAGCAUGUAAGGCCGGUAAAUUCGCAUGAAAUCUUGGUGCUAUUACCGUAUACUUACGUCAAUUGCGGCUCUGACACAGUCAAUUGGGGAUUACACUCAAUAAACUCACAAAGGUGUAUGGAUAUUAUCCACAUAAACAUAUUCGGCUUUACAAAUAAACUUGGUAUAAAGUUAUACCUGAGAAUAAACCAGGAAUAUGCAAAAUGUUUACUAAUAGACUUUUACGUAUUUUGUGUGUUAGUGUUAUUCUCUCCCUCUUCUCUCUCAGAGCGCCAUUUGUUUCCAAAGCGGUAGUAGUAUCUAGUAUAUUAGAAAUGACAUCAAAAAGAAUUCUAAAGGAAUCAAUUUUGAGAAAAUAAGUGCUUUUUAUGGGUUUAUUCGGACGUAUAAUGUUUCCCGCGUUUAUUUGCAAGGCUGCAUGACAUUCAAAAGUUGACAUAGCAAAGUUCAGAAUUAUCAUUAUUGACAAUGUUGUGAGUGAUAUAGUCAACAAUAUGCAUAUUCUUGGUUUAUUCUAACUUUAUACCUAGUUUAUUUGUAAGGCCGAUUAUGUUUAUAGAUGAAAGUAGUCCUACAAUCUAAAGUCCUACAAGCAAUCUUAUUAAGUUCGUUUAAACUUUGCGCAUUUUCAUUGGCUGCUAAAGCUCAACGCGCCAAAUUGAUUGGCUGUUGAAAGUCGAAGCGCGCAAUCUAUUGGCUGCUAUAAUAGCUGCUUAAAUUUAAUUGGCUGAAAACUUUAAAAUAAAUUUAAGAGCGAGGUUUUAUAAUAUUUGUAUAUUAGAUGAGGUACCAAUUUGUUUAUUAGAAUAAAUGGGGGUUUAUA